AUGUAUUUCUUCCAGAAACUCGCCCUCCUGCUUCUCUCGGCGACAGCUUUGGCUGGAGUCAUUCCUUAUCAUAUCAGCAAAGACUUUGCAAAUCCCAAGUCAGGAGCAUCUGCACAUAAGACCCCAGAAAUUCACGCUCAUGAAGGGGGCGACUUCUUGAGUUUCCAGGGCACACACCCAGGCAAAGUUGUUCAAGGCGGUGUCGAGCUUCGGAUUCUCUCUGUUGGUGAUUCUAUCACUGUUGGAUUCGGGAAAGGGACAGAUGGAAAUGGGUACCGGAAGAGACUAGAAGAGGACCUACGAAAUGAGGUCGUUUGGGUUGGUACUGAGAAGACAAAGGGAGAUAUGAAAGACGGUCACUUCGCAGCUUGGUCUGGAAAAACAAUCAAGUACAUAAACGACCACAUUGAUCCAUCCCUUGAACAACGCCCCAACCUCAUCCUUAUCCACGCCGGAACAAACGACAUGAACAGUGACCACCGUAUUUCUACCGCCGGAAACCUCCCGGAAGAAGCUGCCAACCGUCUAAAAUCAAUUGUUGAAAAGAUGAUAUCUAAAUGCCCCGACGCCACUAUUAUUAUGGGCAUGAUCACCGAUGUUUGCGACAACAAGAGGUAUCAUUUUCAGAAAGAGAGGACAAAGAUUUAUCGGGGGCAUAUUGCUGAAUUGGCAGCUGAACUCAACGCAAACGGGCCACAUGUACUUGCUGCUGAUUUUGGCCCUUUUGAUGAUAGGCUUUUGAGUGAUUGCGUUCAUCCGACUCAGAAGGGGUAUCAGGUUAUGGGCGAUUGGUGGUAUGAUUUUAUUCAUCAGAUUCCUGAGGGUUGGAUUAAGGAUCCUCAACUCUAUUGA